CCACAAAGGGUGACCACGUGCGGCCUCGCGCCCGCGGGGCGAGGACCUGCCGAGUCGGACCCCUGCGCCCAGCCACCCCGCGCGCCCAGAGCGCCCGGCGCCAGCGCAGAGGGCGCCCCGGCUGCCUCGAUCGUCCCGCCCUAACUUCUUCAACUUCUCUGCCAGGAGGAACCUGCGCCCGGAUCCGAUCCGCACUUGAACUCCGCCGCGCCGGCCCUCCACCUUGCGCCGCCCCGAGCGCGGGCGGGGAGCGGCUCCGGGAAGCCCUGAUGAACUCUCCAGAAAGAGCGUGAAGGCAGGUCCGCCGCGCUCGGCCCUCGCCGGGGUCUCCCUUGGGGAGCUGGGAGCAGCAGAGCCGGGAAAGACGGUGGAGAAUGAUCGUGCGGCCCCUGAGGACCUCUGCGCAGUAAUGCCAACAUGAUGUUUCUCUCAGGUCGAAUGUGGAGCUGUCAUUGGAAGUGGAAGCCAAGUUCUCUUUUGUUCUUAUUUGCUUUUUAUAUUGUCUGUGUUCCUCGCUCAGUGUGGGGAUGUGCCAACUGCAGGCUUAUCCUCUCCAACCCUUCUGGGGCCUUCACCUCUCCGUGCUACCCUAACGACUACCCUAACAGCCAGGCCUGCAUGUGGACCCUCCGAGCCCCCACCGGCUAUAUCAUUCAGAUAACGUUUAAUGACUUCGACAUUGAAGAAGCUCCCAAUUGCAUUUAUGACUCAUUAUCCCUUGAUAAUGGAGAGAGCCAGACUAAAUUUUGUGGAGCAACUGCCAAAGGCCUGUCAUUUAACUCAAGUGCCAAUGAGAUGCAUGUGUCCUUUUCAAGUGACUUUAGCAUCCAGAAGAAAGGUUUCAAUGCCAGCUACAUCAGAGUCGCCGUGUCCUUAAGGAAUCAAAAGGUCAUUUUACCCCAGACGCUAGACACUUACCAGGUGUCUGUUGCAAAAAGUGUCUCUAUUCCGGAGCUCACUGCUUUCACACUGUGUUUUGAAGCAACCAAAAUUGGCAAGGAAGACAAUGAAUGGAUAGCUUUCUCCUACUCAAAUGCAUCCUUCACAGAAUUGCUCAGUUUUGGAAAGGCCAAGAAUGGCUACUUUCUAUCUAUAUCUGGCUCAAAAUGCUUACUAAGCAACGCCUUCCCUGUAAAGGAUAAAGAAGACAUUUUCACAGAAAGCUUUGAGCAGCUCUGCAUCGUUUGGAAUAAUUCUCUGGGCUCAGUUGGUGUAAAUUUCAAAAGAAACUAUGAAACAGUUCCAUGCGAUUCUACCAUUAGUCAAGUUAUUCCUGGGAAUGGGAAAUUGUUGUUGGGCUCCAAUCAAAAUGAAAUCGCCUCUCUAAAAGGGGACAUUUAUAACUUUCGACUUUGGAAUUUUACCAUGAAUUCCAAAAUCCUCUCCAACCUCAGCUGCCAUCUGAAAGGGAAUGUAGUCGACUGGCAAAAUGACUUCUGGAACAUCCCCGCCCCAGCUCUGAGAGCCGAAAGCAACCUAAGCUGUGGUUCCUACCUGAUCCCACUCCCGGCAGCAGAACUAGCCAGCUGUGCAGAUUUGGGGACCCUCUGUCAAGCUACUGUAAACUCUCCUAGUACUACACCACCCACUGUCACCACUAACAUGCCUGUUACUAAUAGAAUCGAUAAACAAAGCAAUGAUGGAAUUGUCUAUAGAAUUUCCAUAGUGAUUCAAAAUGUACUUCAUCACCCGGAGGUAAAAGUACAGAGCAAGGUGGCAGAAUGGCUCAAUUCAACCUUCCAAAAUUGGAACUACACUGUUUAUGUGGUUAAUAUCAGUUUUCACCUGAGCACGGGAGAGGACAAGGUUAAAGUCAAGAGAAGCCUUAUGCUUGAUCAAAGGUUGGUGAUUUGGGCCCUUCUAAUUUACAAUGCAACCAACAAUCCCACUUUAGAAGGAAAAGAUAUUCAGGAGAAGCUCUUGAAAAACAAUGAGUCACUGGAUGAGGGCUUGCGGCUGUAUACAGUGAGUGUAAGGCAGCUGGGUGUAUGUCCUGCCGAUGAGGACCCCAAAGGCUAUCAGUGGUCGGCCAUCUACCCUUCGGAAUACAAGCUUCCCUGUCUAGGGAAGCAGGGCUUUUAUGCCUCACGGAUAUGUCAUCGUGACCCUGCCAACACAUCUUCAGCCUACUGGGGGCCUCCUGAUCUCUCCAAUUGUUCAAGGGAAGCAAAUGAAGUUGCCAAUCAGAUUUUAAAUUUAACUGGUGAUGGGCAGACCUUAAACUCAGCCAAUAUUACCAGCAUUGUGGAACAGGUCAAGAGGAUUGUGAAUAAAGAAGAAAACAUUGAUAUAACACUUGGCUCAACUUUAAUGAAUAUAUUUUCUAAUAUCUUAACCAGUUCAGAUAGUGACUUGCUUGAGUCUUCUUCGGAAGCUUUAAAAACAAUUGACGAAUUGGCCUUCAAGAUAGACCUCAAUAGCACUUCACAUGUGAACAUCACAACUCGGAAUCUGGCUCUUGGAGUAUCAUCCUUGUCCCCAGGGACCAAUGAAAUUUCCAAUUUUAGCAUUGGGCUUCCAAGCAAUAAUGAAUCGUAUUUCCAGAUGGAUUUUGAGAGUGAACAAAUGGAUCCAUUGGCUUCUGUAAUUUUGCCUCCAAACUUACUUGAGCAUUUAAGUCAAGAAGAUUCUGUGUUAGUUAAAAGAGCACAAUUUACUUUCUUCAAUAAAACUGGACUUUUCCAGGAUGUAGAAACCAAGAAAGGCACCUUGGUGAGUUAUGUGAUGGCAUGCAGUAUUGGAAACAUCACUAUCCAGGAUCUGAAGGAUCCUGUUCGAGUUAAAAUCAAACAUGCAAGAAACCAGGCCGUGCCUCAUCCCAUCUGUGCCUUCUGGGAUCUGAACAAUAACGAAGGUUCUGGAUUUUGGAACACAUCAGGAUGUGUUGCACAAAGAAAUUCAGAUGCAAGUGAGACGGUCUGCCUGUGUAACCACCUCACACACUUUGGAGUUCUGAUGGAUCUUCAAGGAACCGCCUCCCAGAUAGAUGGAAGAAACACUAAAGUUCUCACCUUCAUCACCUAUAUUGGGUGUGGAAUAUCUGCUAUUUUUUCAGCAACAACUCUCCUGACAUAUGUUGCUUUUGAAAAAUUGCGAAGGGAUUAUCCCUCCAAAAUCUUGAUGAACCUGAGUACAGCCCUGCUGUUCCUGAAUCUCCUCUUCCUCUUGGACGGCUGGAUCACCUCAUUCCAUGUGGAUGGACUUUGCACGGCAGUGGCUGCCCUGCUGCAUUUCUUCCUUCUUGCAACCUUUACGUGGAUGGGUCUAGAAGCGAUUCACAUGUACAUUGCACUGGUUAAAGUAUUUAACACUUACAUUCGCCGAUAUAUCCUGAAAUUCUGUAUCAUCGGCUGGGGUUUGCCUGCCUUGGUCGUGUCAAUAGUUCUAGCGAGCAAAAACCAAAAUGAAGUCUAUGGAAAAGAAAGUUAUGGAAAAGAACAAGGUGAUGAAUUCUGUUGGAUUCAGGAUCCAGUUGUAUUUUAUGUGGCCUGUGCCGGGUAUUUUGGGGUCGUGUUCUUCCUGAACGUUGCCAUGUUCAUCGUGGUGAUGGUGCAGAUCUGCGGGAGGAACGGCAAGAGGAGCAGCCGGAGCCUGCGCGAGGAGGUCCUGAGGAACCUGCGCAGCGUGGUCAGCCUGACCUUCCUGCUGGGCAUGACGUGGGGUUUUGCUUUCUUUGCCUGGGGACCCUUAAAUGUCCCUUUCAUGUACCUCUUCUCCAUCUUCAAUUCAUUACAAGGCUUAUUUAUAUUUAUCUUCCACUGUGCUAUGAAGGAGAAUGUUCAGAAGCAGUGGAGGCGGCAUCUCUGCUGUGGGAGGUUCCGGUUGGCAGAUAACUCAGACUGGAGUAAGACAGCUACCAACAUCAUCAAGAAGAGUUCCGAUAAUCUCGGAAAGUCUUUGUCCUCAAGCUCCAUUGGUUCCAACUCAACCUACCUUACCUCCAAAUCGAAGUCCAGCUCUGCCACAUACUUCAAAAGAAAUAGCCACACCGAAAAUGCUUCCAUGGACAAGUCCUCAUCAAAACUGACUCAUGCUGAUGGAGAACAGACAUCAAUCAUUCCUGUCCAUCAGGUCAUUGACAAGGUCAAGGGUUACUGCAAUGCUCAUUCAGAUAACUUCUAUAAGAAUAUUAUCCUGUCAGACUCCUUCAGCCACAGCACAAAGUUUUAAUGUCUGUAAUAUAAGAAUAAGAGGACUCAGUCUGCAGAAACAUGAAGAUCUGCACGCAGUGAAAACUAUAACUAGCAGAUGUAAACCUGCAGUUGCCUAGGUAACUGCAUGUAUAUGAGAACUGUAUUUUUUUAAGAAGGCUUUUGUGAAAUUCAAAAUCUGUCUUUUCAGCGAAUUUCUUCCAUGGGGUAGUUUCUAUCAUCACUAAAACUUCAGUACUGAGAGCAACAUGGCUCAGUAGCCAUAGGGGAUAUGAUUUUUUUUUAAAUAUAUGAUUGUAUCAGACUAAUCAGAACUCGAGGGAGACAUUAAAAUAGGAGGACAAGGGAGAGGCAGAGCUAGGGGAAAGCCCUAGUUCAGAGCUCAUUCCCACCCCACCAAAUAGUUAGAGUUGGGCAUGGCCAUUCGCUGUAUCGUCUUUCUCAACAAUCAAAAGCAUAUUAAUAUUCUCUAGUAUUCUGGAUGCGCACAAUUCUGGAUACACGGCUCAGUGCUGGUUUCUAUGAAUCCAGUAGUAGUUUCUCUUUUUCAGUGAAAUUUCAACCACAGAUACAAAAGAAUGUUUAAUGUCUGACCCAAAGAUUAGAAAGGAAUUUUUUCUUCUUACAUCAAACAUUUAACCUUCAAGACCAUAACAUGCUUAAGAAAGAAAGAAUUCCCCAAAUUUUGAUCUCGUUAACAUGAGGCCAUGUAAAUUUCUAUUUCACUUAUCCUAUUUAAGACCCAAGGCUUAAAUAUCAUCAUUAAUUAUAAUUUAAUCCCACACGUUAAGUUUAGUGUUGAUGUUCCAUUAAUGUAGACCUUGCAGCAGUGUUGAAGAAUGAAUCUCUUCCACCUCUGCUUUUGCUUUUCUACUGUGUAUUGAGCCCACGGGCUCAUGGGCGGAAUGAGAAUUUCCAUUAGGCAUGCUGUGUACAAUGGCCUCUCUCUUUUAGAAAAUACAACCAUUGAGGCUCUAUGGUCCUGUCCUUGCUCUGAGACUUGAAGACAUUUCCAUUUGCACAAAUGAAAAGCCUCUUACUUCCUCCUUCAAGAGUUCUGUUCCAAGGAGUAUAAACUGAGACAUGUGGGUGACUUAUGAUAAUCAAACUAAUUUAUAAACAUGUGGGUCUACAAUUGCUAGUCUGAAAACUAUUUGUACAUAAGUCCUCUGAUUAUGAGAGCCAGAGGAGGUCUGGCAAGGUAGAUGCUGUGUUAUUUAUGGAUUAGGGUUCUGCAUACAGGCCAUGCAUGAUAUUAAGCAGCUUACCAAACUUUCAGACUAUCCUGGCUAAGGUGCUUGCUAGUGAAUGUGCGGGAGAUUACAUUUUCAUUGUUCUUAGAUGAUGGAGGCAUUUCCAGUUCUUUAGAAAUUGGUCUCAGUACAUGCUGUGCCUGUACAUUUGCCCCAGGUUAUCUGGGAAGUAUCAGGCUCUGAGAGGUAGCAGCCUAAGUGGUGAGGAGAUGAGAAUUCUGGCAGAGCCAGUCUGCUUCAAUGCAGAAGCCGGGACUGAGCCCCUGAGGGCCUCUCUCUCUCUGCCCAGAGCGGGUAGCUCUCAGUCUGAGACAUAGGAGAGCUUCCAGGCUUCGCAGCAACCAAAGGGCUUUUCACCUUUUGCUGAUCUUCAGUCGUGAAGCUAUUUGGUAGACUUGAAUGGAUGAUAAGAUAAUGUGGUGGUGGGUUUUUAUUACUGUUCCAUUUUGCAGCAGCCUAGAACAGUGUCCUGGGAGAGAGGAUCAUUGCCCAGCCUGGCUUUCACGGGGAGGGGUGUAUAUAGUAGGAAAGGAUAGUAAUAAUGUCACUAAGAUUCACUCCAGUAGAGCCACAUCCUUUCUCUAGGCAAUAGAACAGGCUGCCUGUUCUGGCAGAGGUUACAUAUAGGUGAAAAUUAACCUUAGAGAGUCACCGAAUCUCCGUAUGCUUUCUCCCAAGUCUUAGAGAUUCAUGAUAGAAUUUAAUUAGCUUUCUACUGUGAGAUUUCUUACUUAAUUAUAGUAAUUAAGAGAUAGCUUCAAAAAUAACUUUGACUUCUACUCAUAUUCAUCCAGAUGUGGGAAAACAUUUUUUUUUUUCCGUAUUUGACAACAAUAUCAGCUCCACUUGAGAAAUUUCCAAUAACCAGGCAAGGAAAAACGAAGAACUAGCUGAACAGAAAUAUUUGCACACGGAUAUAAAAGACUGAUCUUUUCUAAGUCUAUCCUCAGUUCUCAGCGUGCGGGUCUCCACUUCAUUGGCCCCCUCAGAACAGAAUUACAGGACUUUAGCUGGGGAGCCAAUAUUUAGUUUAGCCUAACUUGGAGAAUAAGAUCAAUUCAGACUCUGUUUUUCUUUUUUCUUCUUUUUCCUCUUUUUAAACUACAUUUUGUUAGAGUCUUAGUCUAGGAUCCUGAGAUAUUUUCCAUUAUUGUCAGCAUUACUUGCAUUGUAAAGCUUUUCUUUGUUUGUUAUGGGCAUAGACUCUUUUGUACAUAUUUAUUUAUUUGUGUUUAUAAAUGUCAGCUUGUUUCAUAUCUUAGCUUUAUAUCGCCUGGCUUGUUAUUUUAAUUAACUGUCUAUUGGAGAGACUGUAUAUAUUUUUUUCUAAAUACUUUGUGAAAUAGUUUUCUGUAGCAAUAUCUUUGAAUAUGGUGAAUAAAAGCAACUGUGAGUGCAAAUUAGAAUUAGUAGUAAGAAACUACUACAGCUGAUUUGCCAUUUGACUUAAAUGGAAAAUGUUUUUCAAAUAAAUACUUAUGUUGUUCGUGU